AUGACCAUUCGAUUUGGAAGUGUGGCGAUCCGCCCGUGUCCCACCUACAUUCUCGAGCAAGGAUGCACAGCCGGGUGUGUUCUGGAGGUGGAACCCAAUGAGGAUGGGGACAGAGAUCUCGAAGCCGUGUUUCUCUUGUUCUUCCUCGUAGUAAAACCCGGAUCCCUGAACGACUUAAAAUUCCUGUGGAAGCAGGAAGAAGUCACUGUUACUUGCCCUGAACUCCCGUAUGAGGGUCUCCUUUAUGAAGUCCAAUACAAGAACAAGUUUGAUUCCGGGUGGCAGUCCACGGAGGAGGAGGACCGGUGCAGAGUUACAAUAGAAAGCUUGGAUGCUGAUAAAUGCUACUAUUUCCGAGCUAGAGUGAAGACUGUGGUGUCCAGCUAUGGCUCCGGGACUUACCCAAGUGACUGGUCAGAAGUGAUGCACUGGCAGAGCGGCAAGCAGAGAGAUGCAUGUGGGCAGGAGAAAGUGCCCUUUCCAAAGUCUGUUUUAAUCUCGUGUCUGAUGGCUCUUCUGAUAUUGUGUUUUCUUCUGUUUGUCUUCAAACUACAGAGAGUGAAGAAAGUCCUCAUGCCCAAUGUUCCUGAUCCAAAAUUCACCUUUCCCGGGCUCUUUGAGGACCACAAAGGGAACUUCCAGGAGUGGAUCAAGGACACUCAGAACGUGACCCACGUGAACAAGGUGGAGAAUGAACUCGAAGACUGUGCUCCGGAGGAGAUGCUGUUGACCCAACUGAUCAAGGCUGAGAAUGAGACCCCCACAACAGGCCCAUUGUGCCCACAGAUGGAUGUGGAAAAGGCCACGGGUCCUGGCCAGCAUUGUGGUCCCCCCCAAUCCGCGUCUCCAAACACAGCACAAUGUCUGCGCCUGGCCGGUCACCCCGCCAGGGAGGCAAUUACAAUCUCCAUGCUCCUGACAGGCUCCAGGUGGCUGGGCUCCUUCUUGGAGCGCUCUCUAGGCAAAGUGCUCCUUGGCCCCGCCGGCCUCGCGGGUGCGGGCUCCAACGGUGACGACCGGCCGACCCCUGGUCAGACUCCGUGGCAGGUGAUGGAUAAGAGCCGACACUCAGCCUUCCAGAGAUCUAGUUCCACGUCUCCAACGCGCACGCGCGGCUGCGAGCUCACUAAGGGCAACGAGGAAGGGCGCAGCAGCCGCCGGGGCAAGGGCGUGGCGGGCGUCGGGCUUCACUUAAGCAAAGAGGUGCGAGGGGCCUCGGGGUAG